UCACAACGUCUCCGCGUUAUGUCCUCUGCUGUCUCCAUAAGCUUUGCCCGGAUACUUUCCUUACCGCUGGUCGCUGGACAUAAUGGAAUAUACAUUUUAAAAUCCCCACUGGUGAGAUUUGUCUCCUAUUUUGCCAGAAAACUAUGCUGAUUGAUCAACACAUUGGUUCUUUAUGAGAGAGAGUGUGCGACAGAGACAGGGGGAGAGAGAGAGAGAGGAGGGAGCAACAAUUAAAGCAGGAGACAGACAUACAAGACAGGUUUAGUGGAAACACCUGGAACGUGGGACAUUCAGCCGAUUGGGGAGGUGACACUGACACAGAGGACAAACUUCACGCUUCUUUCAUCCGGGUCUUCCUGUUGUGAAGGAUGAGUGCUGUUUUUGCUAAACUGGACCCCAGGAGGAUCGAGUGGGAGUCGUACUGGUAUGGUCUCCACUCACGAAUCCUGCGCACUAAACCUGUGGACUCCAUGCAAGAGGGUGCCGAUGACCUCCAUGGCACCAAGCUUGCCCGAGUGCUCACUACAGUGGAUCUGGUGUCACUUGGGGUAGGCAGCUGCGUGGGAACUGGCAUGUAUGUGGUUGCUGGGCUCGUUGCUAAGGAAAUGGCAGGACCUGGAGUGAUCUUGUCCUUCAUCAUUGCAGCUAUGGCAUCCAUUCUUUCAGGGGUCUGCUAUGCUGAGUUUGGCGUAAGAGUACCUAAGACGACAGGCUCCGCCUACACCUACAGUUAUGUCACAGUGGGAGAAUUUGUUGCCUUUUUCAUUGGGUGGAAUCUCAUCCUGGAGUAUCUGAUUGGUACAGCAGCAGGAGCCAGUGCACUUAGCAGCAUGUUUGACUCUUUAGCCAAUCACACCAUCAGCCGCUACAUGAUCAACCAUCUUGGAACACUGAAUGGUCUGGGUAAAGGAGAGGAAUCUUACCCAGACCUGCUGGCUCUGCUGAUCGCCAUGAUGGUGACUGUAAUUGUGGGUUUAGGAGUGAAAAACUCGCUGAGUUUUAAUAAUGUGCUGAAUGUGGUCAACUUGGUUGUGUGGGUCUUUAUGAUGCUGGCCGGCCUUUUCUUCCUCUCUGGAACCAACUGGGAGGAUGGAAGGUUUCUACCAUAUGGCUGGUCAGGGGUCAUGCAAGGAGCUGCAACCUGUUUCUACGCCUUCAUUGGCUUUGACAUUAUCGCCACCACAGGUGAAGAGGCCAAGAGCCCCAACACUUCCAUUCCAUAUGCAAUAACAGCCUCUCUCAUCACCUGUCUCACAGCAUAUGUCUCUGUGAGUGUGAUUUUGACAUUGAUGGUGCCAUACAACGUAAUUGAUGGAGAUGCUCCGCUAAUGGAGAUGUUUGCAGUACAUGGCUUUCUGGCAGGGAAGUAUAUUGUAGCCGUGGGAGCUGUUGCAGGACUCACAGUUAGCCUUCUGGGAUCCCUGUUCCCCAUGCCCAGAGUCAUAUAUGCCAUGGCAGGAGAUGGUCUGCUCUUCAGGUUCCUGUCCUUUGUGAGUCCCCAGACAGAGACCCCCGUGGUGGCCUGUGCUGUAUCAGGGUCUCUGGCUGCUCUGUUGGCUCUCCUGGUUAGUCUGAGGGACCUGAUUGAGAUGAUGUCCAUCGGCACACUUCUGGCCUACACGCUGGUCUCGGUCUGCGUGUUGCUUUUACGAUAUCAGCCUGAUAGAGAUGGCUUCACCAGCUUCCUAACUGAGGAGGAAGAGGAAGAAAGAAAGAGGAAGGAGGAAAUGAUGGAAGCUAGUGAGAAAAACAUGCACUCACCCAUGAACGAUGGUGGGGAACAGUAUGGUGACCUCCCCUCAAUGGGAGAUGAUGAAACACUGAUUGGAAAGUCAGACUCUGGGGGCUAUCAAUCAGAGAGCUCUGGUUAUGGUGUUGGAGAGGACGGUAUAGAGGUAGAUGACUCUGAUGGUGCCCUGACGAGCCUCUUGAAACGUGCUUUGGGAUUGCACUAUUACACUCUACGAAUGCGCUUGGGCCUGCCGAACUCAGGCGAUAAGCCCACGCCUGCAACAGGACGCACUGUCACUUCCUGUGUCCUCCUUUUCUUUAUCCUGACCUUCUUUCUCUGGACUCUAGUCAUCUAUGGUUCCGAUCAGGUUUCAGGAGGAGCCCGCUGGGCUAUUAUGCCUUUUAUACUGAUUGUAAUUGUCCUCCUGUUUACGCUGGUUGUCAUUAUUCUUCGGCAGCCGGAGAACCCUACAAAGCUGCCAUACAUGGCACCUUGUGUUCCCUAUGUGCCCAUAGCUGCAAUACUGGUGAAUAUUUACCUCAUGCUAAAACUGUCCAGCAUCACCUGGGUGCGCUUUGUAGUAUGGUGUUCACUAGGUGUACUGAUCUACUUUAGUUACGGUAUGUGGAACAGCUCCCUGGAACUCAGUGCUAGAGAGGAAGAAGCUCAUGCCAGCUCUUACCAGAGGUAUGAUACAGAAGUCGAUGACAGCUUCAAUGUGGAUGAAGACUUCCAUCCUCAGGAGGACGAUGGAGUUGAGGGACAGUACCAAGGUUGGGCAGCUGAGGAGAGUGGCUAUCAGAACCAGAAUCAAUAUGAUGAACCUCGGUCCUCCUAUGACUAUCCUCCUAACAGUCACAAAUCCAGAAGCAAAGGCAGGACCAACAAAGGCUUUGAGGAGCUUGUCAAUGAAGAAUGCUCACCUGAGUGAGCUAUCUCGGAAGAGGAUGGAUUUGGGUGAUCAUGAUUUGGCCAAAUAUGAUGUGUUCCUGGAUCAACAUCCUUGUUGGUCCUGGAAUAACAUUUCUAUCAACUAAUUCAGGAUGGGUCAGGAUUUAGAUCUGGGGUUGGGGAAUGAACAAUAUUUUUUA